CAGAAAAUGAUAAAAACCAUUGGCGCCUAAAUCGAAUCCUCUCCUUCCUCCCAUAGAAACUCUCCCCUGUCUUUGGCUCUGCUCACACAUAAAAGUACGUUCUUUUCCAUUCCAAGAAAUGGAUCUUUUCGCCGCCGCAAGGUUUUCAUUUAUUGAGGGAAAUGGUAAAGUCGCCGCCGGCCAAGCACCGUCCGACGAAAUCCCUAAUUCUUCUGGCAUUUGUUGGUGUUUUCCUGGUUGCUCUGGCCGUAGAUUUCACAUGGGCUCCAUCCCUGUUUUCCUCAACGUAUUCAUCUAUGGCCUCCGUCUGGACACGCCAGAAGCACCGAGUUGUCUUCUCCAAUUUCUCAGACAAUGCUCAAAAUGACUUUGCUGUCGAGAGUAUGAAUGUUAGGGAGAACAUAAGCGCCUUAAAUCGCGAGAGGUUUUCAUCAGCUACGUUUGCGGAUUUGCCCGCUCCCAGCUUGGAUUGGGAGCAAAUGCCAUCAGCACCCGUGCCUCGUUUGGAUGGGUAUUCGGUUCAGAUAGAGAACAAGCUCUAUGUCUUUUCAGGUUAUGAAACCCUCGAUCAUGUUCAUUCUCACGUGGACGUGUAUGAUUUCUUGAACGAUACGUGGGUGGACAGAUUUGACACACCAAAAGACAUGGCGCAUUCGCAUUUAGGGAUUGCUAGUGAUGGCAGAUAUGUCUACGUAAUAACUGGGCAAUAUGGUCCUCAGUGCAGAGCUCCUGUCAGUCAUUCAUUUGUCCUGGACACUAAGACUAAGAAAUGGGAGCCCUUUCCGCCAUUGCCCUUUCCAAGGUAUGCUCCAGCAACUCAACUGUGGAGAGGAAGGCUUCAUGUUAUGGGUGGCAGCAAGGAGAAUCGUCACACACCAGCAAUAGAUCACUGGAGUAUUGCAGUGAAAGAUGGCAAGGCCCUCGAAAAAGAAUGGGUCACUGAAAAACCUAUUCCACGGGGAGGACCCCACAGGGCUUGUGUGGUAGUUGAUGACCGGCUUUAUCUUAUUGGUGGGCAAGAGGGUGAUUUCAUGGCCAAGCCCGGUUCCCCGAUCUAUAAAUGCUCUAGGAGAUUUGAGGUGGUUUAUGGGGACGUGUAUAUGUUGGACAGCGCAAUGAAGUGGAAAGUAUUGCAUCCCAUGCCGAAACAGAACUCCCAUAUAGAGUGUUCUUGGGUUCUGGUAAAUAACUCCAUUGUCAUUGUGGGAGGGACAACAGAGAAACACCCAUUGACAAAAAGGAUGAUGCUGGUUGGAGAGAUUUUCCAGUUCAACCUAAACACAUUGAAAUGGUCAGUGAUUGGACGGCUUCCCUACCGUGUGAAAACUACACAAGCGGGUUAUUGGAACGGAUGGUUGUAUUUCACUUCAGGGCAGCGGGAUAGAGGACCGGAUAAUCCACAGCCGAGAAAGGUUAUUGGGGAUAUGUGGAGAACCAAAUUGAACCUCUCAUCUUAGGUGUUUCAGACUGAUCACCUGCAGCUAUUCCCAUGUCCCAUGAUCUUCCACAGAUCAUCAUUGUAUCAUUCCACAAUCAAAUCAGCUUAGGAUUUUUGUGUCAAAUUAAAGGCUCAUAUAUUGUACGAGUAAUAGUUAGGUGUUGAUUGCAACAUCCUAAUAGUGCUUUGGUCAAUUCUUACUUUGGUAAUGUAUUUCUCAUAUUGCUCAUAUCCUGGUACCGUCUUGUAACCGGUUUGGUAAAACCGUAAAACCCACGGUCUAUUUGGAAAUGCCAUUUUUAAUCCGCUUCAGAGUUUUGAAUAAUGCUAGACUAACAGU